AUGGAAUACAUGAGCAGUGGCUGUGAAGGAAAAAACUGCAGCUUAGCAUCAGGCUUCCAGGAAGACUGCUCAAACCAAGACUGCUACUGGGAGGAACCUAUGUUUGGACUGAUUGGGUUAGUUUGUGUGACAGUGAUUUAUGUUCAACUGAUGUUACUUGGCCUUCUUGGGAACAUAUUAACCAUACUGGUGGUCUGCCUCCGUCCACACAUGAGAAGCUCUACUUACCUGUACCUGAGCAGCAUGGCCGUCAGUGAUCUGUUGAUUCUCCUUCUACUUCCGCUGGAUCUCUAUAAGCUCUGGAGACCCAGACCAUGGCCCCUGGGUGACCUCGCCUGUAGGCUGACUAUGUUCCUCUCAGAGUGCUGCACCUUCUGCACCAUCCUUCACAUCACCUUCCUCUCCUUGGAGAGGUACCUGGCUGUGUGCUGGCCGAUUACAGCUAAGACAGUGGUAACACGCCGCAGAACCAGGGUCAUUAUUGGCUGCCUGUGGCUAGGCGCGGCUGUCAGUGCUUCACCUGUUUUAGUUAUGGUCGGAGUGGAGGACAUUGGGGGAGAGGAGUUUGGACUCAGUCAGUGGAGGGAGGAAGGAGGAUGGGUGGGCAGAGAGGGAGAACAAGGAGGAAUAAUGAAGAGUGGAGGGGAAAGAGAAGGUGCACUCAUGGCUUUGCUGGAUCCACGAUUAGAGAAAAAAAACCUGGAAGAGAAAGAGAAAGAAGGAUGGGGUGAAGAUGCCACAACGUUUAAAUGGUUUGAAGACAAAAACAGCAGAUCAAAAGAAGAAACUGAGGAAGCCAAUGAGGAGGAAAGGAAGAUUGAAUUUGAGAAAGAUCAGCAAAACAAAAAAAAAGAAGAUGAGGGAGGAGGAGAAGAAGAAAGAGCAGAUGGAAGUCGUGGUGGAGAGAUUGACAGGAGAGAAUGUCGCUGUACACAAUACGCCAAAUCCUCAGGUCUCUUUUCAGCCAUGAUGAUUCUCUCCAACUUGUACUUCCUGGUUCCCCUUUGCAUCCUUGGCCUGGUGUAUACCCUAAUUGGACGGACACUGUGGCUCCGUCCAAAGAGCAGCAAAAGAGAUCAGAGUCACCGAAGCACUGUGAAGAUGUUAGGAGUGAUCGUCUUGGCAUUUGUGCUCUGCUGGCUUCCCUACCACGUUGGUCGGACCAUAUUAUCUCUUUCUCUUGGCUCUGGUGCUGAGAGACAAGACAUGGACACAACCCCCCACUUUGCCACCAAUGGCAGCGCCAGCAGCAAGGACAUUUAUACGGAUCCGGAACCCUUUGGCCACUCGGACUCUGAUGCACAUUUUGAGUCCCUCUCUAGCACUGAAAAGCGACGUUGCUACCAGCAUGCUGUGAGUAAGGGCGUGCAGAGCACAUCGUCUCCCUCAGCUUCCAGGAAGCAUUUGCAGACGCUGUUCUACAAUUAG